GAAGCUAAGACUGUCUGCAAGCAAUUACUGACUCGAGCUCAUGAAUGUGAAUUUGGGAAAGUAACAGAUGACGAUAAACCAAUUUGGCAAAUCGUUGAGGAUCGCGAAGAAAAUAAGCAUAAAGAAGAUGUUAUGCAAUCGAACAAUAACCACCAUGUUGAUGAAUCGCAGAGCAUAAUACAGAUGUCAAGGAAUGUGCGUAAUGGCAAAAUUCUUGAUAUGCUGCAUUACGAGCCAAAAAAUAAGUAA